AUGGAGCCUGUCCUCUAUGCUGCCCAGCCUGGAAACCACUUUGCAGAUGGUGAGCUUUCCAUCAACUCGGACGCCCCGGUGGCCAACGAGACGACUGUCAUAGAGUCUUCUAGCUCUAAGUUGUCCGUCCUGGAGAUAUCCAUUCGGGAAUCUGUCGUCGUCGAAGCUCGCCCUUCUGAAACCUCGAACAAGAUCUUGGAAAUUAUUUUCGACUACGCCCUCAACAAAUUCAGCGAUACCAGACAACAGCUUGAGGCUGGGAGGCCGAAGUUCCUGGCCGUCAUCGAAAAGUUCGUGUCAGCGGGAGCUCAAGUGGAAACAUGUUUGCCUGCAUUUCCGUUCAAGUCGGCCAAUAAAGUCUACAAAGUCCUCGGUACCCUGCCCGACAAGGCCGAGGAGAUUGCCCUGAAGCGGCUCAACGACAUGUGUCUGCGGAUUGGUGAAAUCUAUGCGCCUGGCGCGAGGUGUACCAUAAUCUCAGAUGGUUUGGUCUACAAUGACUUGUUGAGCAUUUCGGAUCGCGACACCUGGGCCUACGGACAAGCCCUCCGCGCAAUGGCUGUGCAGAAGGGGUUUGACCGCAUCCGUUUCUCCUGGAUCCGAGAUUUCGUCAAUUUCCCUUUGCCAGAGAAGAUGGAUGAGAUCACCUAUGUGGCUAAUGCCACCAACUUCCGACGAUUCAUCUUGAAUAAUUUUGGCAAAGAUGACAUCGACAUUGACCACGAAAUUGCGACAAAGCCCGAUACCAAAUUGACCUACCUUGGAUACCGAAGAUUCUUGGAGUCCGACCUCAAGUACGUCUUCCCAGUGGGCAAUGGUCGCUCGAACCACGGGUACAAGAGAGAUGUCAAGUAUCUAGCAAAGGAGAUGCUAGUUCGGGGAUAUGCUUUUGCUGGGGCCGUAGCCCACGCGUUCCCGAACUACUUACGCCUUUCUAUUCAUCAAUCGACCGGCGAGCAUAAGGUAUCCAUGAGUCUGCUCAAUACAAAAACGGGGUUCACUACCCCGUGGCACUGUAGUGUCGCAUUGAUGGCCGACGGCGAGUGGGUAAGCGCUCCGAUGGGUGAAUUCAAGAAGGAUCCCAAGAUGAAGCUUGUUUACGAGGAUGGGCGUCCCAGCUAUUUCCAAGAGACCGUAGGCAAUGGGGCGAGUCACCAACACUCAGCAGGCCAAGCCGUCGAAGCGUCCGAAGAUAAAAGCCUGGUGGCCGCUCGGCAAAAAGUCGAAUCCAUCAUGACAGCCCCUUCAUCUAUGACUGAGAUAGACGUGGACAAGGUCAAUGUGCUUGCAAAGGUAGCCUCGUUAGGCGAGGUUAAGGACGAGAAAUCUGAAGCAGUUAACCCCUUUUCUGGAUCCCGAAAUCCUCAGCUCGACCCAUCAUCAGCUGAGUUCCGUGUGAGAGCAUGGCUCGAAGCUGUCAUGAACAUUGCAUCUCGAGAUCCUGAACGGUAUCCAAAGGGGGUUGCUGGGGUAGCAUACAAGAACCUGUCAGCGCACGGUCUAGGGGAUCCAAUGGAUUACCAGAAGACGUUCGGGAAUUACGCCAUCGUGUUGCUCAAAUGGGCUAGACGACUCGUGGGCAGGGAGACCAAGCCCAGGUGCUCGGGAGACCUGGAAGGCAAUGGUUGUUCGACAUUCCUCAAGACCAUCGCCGGAGAAACCAAUGGAUUCUACAUCGGCAAGGAUUCGUACUUGAACUACCAGGGCAUCCCAAAGGAGACUAUGCACAAAGACUUUAGGGGGGAGUGCACCUACCAGGCAGAAGUCGAUGCACACUUUCCUCAAUUGACUGUGGGCCAGACUCUCGACUUCGCGGCUCGCGCAAGGGCAAGUCGAUACGAUCCUUACAUGUACGCGCCACAUCUCCGUGAUGUUGUCAUGGCAGCAUUUGGACUAAGCCAUACGGUCGACACAAUCGUUGGCAGCGACUUCGUUAGGGGCGUAUCUGGUGGCGAACGUAAACGUGUCAGCAUUGCAGAAGUUGCUAUCGGGGGCAGCACUUUACAAUGCUGGGACAACAGCACACGCGGACUCGACAGUUCCACCGCUCUUGAAUUCGUGCGCACGCUUCGAACGUCAACUUCGCUCACGGGAGCGACUGCUCUUGUGACAGUCUAUCAAGCCUCUCAGUCCAUCUAUGACGCAGGUCUCGCUUAUGGGAACAAAGUCUUCGACAAAGUUGCUGUGCUCUACGAAGGCCGACAGAUUUACUUUGGGAAAGUUCACGAGGCGAAACGCUUCUUCGUCAGUUUAGGCUUCGAGUGUCCACCGCGGCAAGUGACUGCCGACUUCCUCACAUCACUGACCAACCCGCUGGAACGACGGAUCCGGCCGGGCUUCGAAGGCAAGACACCAUCCACACCAGACGAGUUCGCGGCUUGCUGGAAACAGAGCGAAGACCGCGCACGGCUGCUGCGCGACAUCGAAGAGUUUGACAGGCAAUAUCCUCUUGGAGGAGCGUCUUUGGAUGAAUUCAAGAAGUCCCGUCGAGCGGUCCAGGCAAAAUCACAGCGUAUCAAGUCACCGUACACGCUCUCGGUACCACAGCAAGUGUCAUUAUGUGUCCGCCGAGGAUUCCAGAGACUACGAGGGGAUAUGGCCAUUGUCCUCAGCGGCGCCUUUUUCAACGUGAUCAUGGCACUGGUGAUCGGCAGCAUCUUUUACAAUCUCCGCAAUGACACGGGCUCGCUCUACAGCCGGGGGGCUCUCCUCUUCUUUGCGAUCUUGCUGGCUUCCUUCGCUAGUGCUCUCGAGGUCAUGACUUUGUACGCGCAACGGCCGAUCGUGGAGAAACAAGCCAGGUAUGCCUUCUAUCAUCCGUUCGCUGAAGCAAUCGCUUCGAUGAUUUGCGAUCUGCCCAACAAGGUCCUUACCUCGCUCGGAUUCAACCUGACCCUUUACUUCAUGACGAAUCUACGUCGCACGCCCGGUCAUUUCUUUGUAUUCCUGCUUUUUACAUUCACCUGUACAUUGACCAUGUCAAUGUACUUUCGCUGCAUAGGCGCAUUGUCUCGCUCGUUGCCAGAGGCCCUGGUGCCUGCGUCACUAUUCAGUCUUGCUCUCGCGAUCUACACCGGAUUCACCAUCCCGAUCAAAGACAUGCACCCAUGGUUCCGAUGGCUCAACUACCUCAACCCCGUUGCUUAUGCGUUCGAAGCACUGAUGAUCAAUGAAUUCCACGAUCGAACGAUCGAAUGCUCAAGAUUCAUUCCCGAGGGCCCAGGUUUCGGCGGAGUCUCCCCGACUGAGAGGAUCUGCGCAACUACCGGAGCGGCUGCAGGAGCAGACGUUGUCGAUGGAGAUACCUAUCUGGCCGUCAACUUCCGUUACUACGUAAGCCAUCUGUGGAGGAACUUGGGCGUUAUGAUUGCGUUGAUGAUCUUUGGCUGCGCCGUCUACCUGAUAGCUAGCGAGUACAUCUCGGCCAAGAAGUCCAAAGGCGAGAUCCUACUAUUUCGACGAGGCCGUGUGCCUUAUAUCCCAUCGAAAGCGGAUGAAGAAGCCAACACUGGCAACGGAAUCAGCACAGAUAUUUUGAGGCACGAAAGACCCGUGCUGCAUGCCCCGUCGGGUCUCCAGAACCAGACUGCAGUCUUCCAGUGGAGCGAUGUCAAUUACGAUAUCAAGGUCAAGAAGACGACUCGACGGCUCUUACAUCAGAUCGAUGGAUGGGUCAAACCCGGCCGUCUCACGGCAUUGAUGGGUGUCACUGGAGCCGGCAAGACCACCUUACUUGACGUUUUAGCGAGCCGGGCGACGCUUGGUGUCGUGAGCGGAGAGUUACUGGUCAGUGGGCAACUUCGCGAUACGGGCUUUCAACGAAAGACCGGAUAUGUCCAGCAGCAGGACUUGCACCUCGCGACUACAACGGUUCGAGAAGCCUUGACGUUCAGUGCUCUUCUGCGGCAGCCGAGGACUACCCCUCGCGCAGAAAAGAUCGCAUAUAUGACAGAGGUGAUCAAGGUUCUCGAAAUGGAGCCCUACGCCGAUGCCAUUGUCGGAGUACCAGGAGAAGGCUUGAACAUCGAACAAAGAAAACGACUGACGAUCGGCGUCGAACUUGCAGCAAAACCUGCAUUGCUAUUGUUCCUUGACGAACCUACUUCUGGGCUCGACAGCCAGACUGCUUGGUCGAUAUGCGCGCUUCUUCGCAAGCUUGCAGACAACGGCCAAGCCGUCCUAUGCACCAUCCACCAGCCUUCGGCACAACUGUUCCAGGCCUUCGACGAGCUGCUUCUCCUCUCUAUAGAAGGAAAGACGCUCUAUUUCGGCGAGAUCGGUAAAUCGUCCGAGACCGUCACGGGCUACUUUGAGCGCCACGGGGCAAGACCCUGCGGCAGGCGGGAGAAUCCAGCGGAAUGGAUGCUCGAAGUGACUGGAAGUGGUGCGACAACGACCGGUUCUGACGGUGCAAAGGACUGGUCAGCCAUCUGGAGCGAUUCCGAAGAGCGCCGAGCCAUCAAGACCGAACUCGCUCGGAUGAAGAGGGAGUUCGCCCACCAGCCAGUCUCAGUCAACGAUCCCAGCGAUCCCGAUGCCUUACGCCCGUUCGCCGCCCCGUUGGGAGUUCAGUUCUGGACCGUUCAAAGACGCGUCUUUCAACAGUAUUGGCGGACACCUUCGUACUUGUACAGCAAGGUGGCUCUCUGUCUGCUCAGCGCACUGUUCAUCGGCUUCUCCUUUUGGAAAAUGCCCAACUCGCUCAAAGGGCUCCAGAACCAGAUGUUUGCCAUCUUCAUGCUGCUCGUGAUAUUCACCAACGUGUGCUCGCAGAUCAUGCCUCACUACGUCGCCCAACGCACGCUGUACGAAGCUCGAGAGUCGCCGUCCAAGACGUACUCGUGGAAAGUGUUUGUGCUGUCGAUGACGAUAGUGGAGAUGCCGUGGAACGUGCUGUCGGCCUUCCUCGUCUUCGUGUCGUGGUACUACCCGAUCGGCCUGCGUCAGAACGCCCUGGAGGCGGAUCAAGGCGCCGAACGACAAGCGCUGAUGUUCCUCUUCAUCCUCGCCUUCUUGCUCUUCGCCGGCACGUUCACAAACAUGGUCAUGGCCGCGGUGGACUCGGCCGAGGCCGGCGGGAACAUCACGAACUUGUUGCAUUCUCUGUCCUUGAUCUUCUGCGGUGUCCUGGCAACUCCAGACGCCUUGCCCGGUUUCUGGAUCUUCAUGUAUCGCGUCUCCCCAUUCACCUACUUUUUCUCCGGUGUGUUGUCCGUAGGGCUGGCCAACUCGCGCAUCUCCUGCGCCACCGAGGAAUUUUUGCGCUUCUCGCCGCCCCCAGCCUUGAACUGCUCCACCUACCUCGCUCCCUACAUCGAAGCCGCCGGUGGCUACCUCACACCGGACAGCACGGGCUCGACCGCCGAGUGCGUCUUCUGCAGUGGCGAUGACACGAAUGUCUUCCUGGAGAGCGUGAGUGCCAAGUACGAGGAUCGGUGGCGAAACUUUGGCAUCUUCUGGAGCUAUAUCGUCUUCAACACCGCCGCGGCCGUCGUGCUCUUCUGGCUGAGGAGAGUGCCCAAGGGGAAGCGGGUGCAGCAGAAGGUCGAAACCGAAACUGAGGCGCAAGAGACGGAUGAGAAGGCGAAAGCGAAAGCGAAAGCGGACGAUUGA